GCUAAACUCUUUCAGCCCUCUUGCAUGAGGGAUCUCGGGCACUUCAACCCGUCCGAGCAGGUUUAACCCAGCCUCCAUGGCGGAAACUGCACGAGCCCAUACGUGGCGUCGUCACCGACGUGGGGCGGGAUCCGAGACACUCCGGCCAGCAUGAUCACUCUCUUCUCCCCAACACAACUCUGCAGACAAAUGAAGGAGACUGGCAGGGUGGGGGGAAAGGGAGCUCAUAUCUGACCAGGUCGGAUCAUGACCCCAUGUCCACCUUGUCUAAUCAAUAAAGCACGGAUCAGCAGCACGCUGCACAAGGAUAUAACUGCAGGCGUGGACUGCUUCCUGAGAUCAAGGCUUCCCAGCUGGUUCGUGGAUGUCCAAGAGCUCAUACCGGCGGCGACCUACGGAAAACUGGAGUCCAACGCGAGAGCUGCCUUACAACGCCAUCGAGACGCUCUGUGGACUGUAUCCGCGGAUACUCGCCGACAACAUAUGGUUGGAUGCAUUCUGAGGGACCUGCAAAGUUCAAACGCUCUAUCCGAAAUUUACAUCAUGUACGAAUACCGAGCCCUUGUGGUACUUCAGCCAAGAGCACGCGACGAACUUCAGCAGCGAUUCACAACAGCCUCAGCGAAAUCUGCUGAGCACCUUCCCUACGAUCCAACGGAGCUAUAUACGGCCCUCAAGGAAGAGAUAUCCUUAUACGUACGGUCACCCGAAUUCGCUGCGGGCGUGAAGCCGUGGCUUGACCUAUGGUUCGAAUGGGACAUCACACAGUGGGAGGUGUUCGAAGCAGGGUUUUGGGUCACUGGCCCAGAAGGAGUACUUGUUCAAGUGCGAGAUGAGCCCAAUACACAGGUAAUGGUGGAAGGAGCCAUGCCCAGCGUCCAGGAAUUGAGAGCCGUGCCCAGCGCCAUCCAAGCGCGUCUUUCACGAUCGCGGAUUCCAUUUUAGUAUAUCUAUCAAAGAAGUCGUUUCCAGCCGUUAAUUUCG